CAUAGAUUAAACCACAACACUGUAUGUAGAAUUUCAUUUCUUGAAGAUUCGGGUAGAAGCAGUUAUCCGAUAUACUAAGAAAACUGUGAAUUCAAGAAAAUCAAUUGACAUGGAAAUACCACCUCCAGAAGUUCUCAAGAAGCCGCUUGUUGUGCCUUCGAAGACACUUAUGGGACCGGGGCCUUCAAAUGCCCCUCCAAGAGUUUUGCAGGCAAUGAGUUAUAGUGUUUUAGGACAUAUGCAUCAAGAAACUUUCCAGAUUAUGGACGAAAUAAAAGAAGGUAUAAAAUACCUAUUCCAAACAAAAAAUGAGCUCUCAUUAGCAAUUAGUGCAUCUGGACAUAGUGGAAUGGAAGCAACAAUGAGUAACUUGAUAGAACCAGGCGAUAGAGUAUUGAUAUGCAGUAAUGGUUUAUGGGGAUCCAGAGCAGCAGAUAUGGCGAAACGAUGUGGUGGUAUCGUUACAAAAAUCGAAAAGAAUCUUGGAGACGUCUUCGGUUUGCAAGAAGUAGAAAAUUAUAUUCUGAAACUAAAACCAAAAUUACUGUUCGUUGUUCAAGGCGAAAGUUCCACAGGAAUUUGGCAGCCAAUUGAGGGGUUUGGAGAAAUCUGUCAGAAAUACAAUUGUCUUCUAGCCGUGGAUGUAGUUGCAUCUGUGGGAGGAGUACCAUUUCUUAUGGAUAAAUGGAAAGUGGAUGUAGCCUAUGCAGGGGCACAGAAAGUAUUGGGAGUUCCUCCCGGAUUAACUCUCAUUUCCUUUAGUUCUAGGGCACAGAAAGCAAUUUUCGAAAGAAAAACACCUGGAAACGUCUACUACUGGGAUAUGACUAUUUUGGGGCAGCAGUGGAACUGUUUUAAGAAUGUUAGACCCUACCACCAUACAACCUGCUCAAAUCUUCUCUGUGCUCUUCGAGAAGCUUUAGCUAUGCUUGCAGAAGAGGGUUUGGAGAACGUCAUCAAAAGACAUGAGGAAUGUUACGAGAGGCUGAAAAAGGGAUUCGAAAACUUGGGUUUAACAUUUUUUGUUAAAGAUGAACGUAACAGAUUGAGAACCGUUACAUCUUUGGUGUUGGAAGGUGGAAUUGAUAAAAAAGAUGUCAUUGACUACGCUAUGAAGAAGUAUAACUUCGAGAUAGCGGCUGGUCUUGGUCCGACAGCAAUAGGUAACAUACUGAGAAUUGGUUUAAUGGGUUACAAUGCCAAACCAGAAACUGUGGAUUUUGCACUGGAGGUUCUGAAACAAUCCCUGGAUCAUGCAAAAAGAAAAACAAUAGCAAAAUUGUAAUUUUAUCAUCAGAAAUUUUAUAUGUAUUUAAAUAAAGUUGAAAUAUUCCAUGA